AUGGCACGACGCAGGUAUAGGCUGUUUACCAUCUGUGCGGCGGUUGUGCUUUUCCUGCUCUACAGAGUCUCGCAGAAUGCGUGGGACGACCCUUCGCGCUAUGCCAGCCUCAAAUAUCCUCCCUCUUCGAAUUCGCCCGCUGCACCGCCAGCAGUAGCGCCAGAGAGCCGGCCGAAGCCUGCCCCGAAGCUCGAUACCGACCCAGAGUCCAAGGCCAAGACUGAGGCCGAACCUGACUCUUCUAAAUCCAAGCCAAAGCCCGAAUCCAAGCCCGAGCCAAAGAAGCCCGAAUCCAAGCCGGCGCCGGAAAAUGUUGCCAGCCAGCCGAAGCAGAGCAAGCUGGACGACGAUGAAGAGCCCGGCGUCAAACUUCCCAAGCUUAAGGACCUCGACUACUCGAUACCACCGACCAAUGGCAAGGAUUCUGCCUCCAAUGCCAACACAUCCGAUGAUGACGACGAAGAGAUAAACGGCAUUCACCAGAAGAACCCGCCCAAGACCCCUCCAGGAACCCCGGUGGACACUCGAGUUCACUGGCACCCCGUCGAGGAGCACUUCCCACUACCUCCCGAAUCCAUCAUCAGCCUCCCCACGGGGAAGCCGCUCAAAGUACCCCGGGUUCAGCACGAGUUUGGCGUCGAAUCGCCAGAGGCCAAAUCCAGACGAGCCAAUAGACAGGAGCGGGUUCAAAAAGAGAUUGCGCGAGCAUGGUCGGGCUACAAGAAGUUUGCGUGGAUGCACGAUGAGCUUUCGCCCGUCUCUUCCAAGUAUCGCGAUCCCUUUUGCGGCUGGGCUGCCACCUUGGUCGAUUCUCUGGAUACCCUCUGGAUUGCAGGUCUCAAGGAAGAGUUCGACGAAGCAGCCAAGGCGGUUCAAAAGAUUGAUUUCACAACCACGCCUCGCCACAACAUUCCUGUGUUCGAAACUACCAUUCGAUAUCUAGGUGGCCUGCUAGGCGCCUUCGAUGUCAGUGGUGGCCAUGAUGGUGGUUACCCCUGGCUUCUUACCAAGGCCGUUGAGCUUGCUGAGAUCCUGAUGGGAAUAUUCGAUACACCCAACCGAAUGCCAAUUCUGUACUACCAGUGGCAACCAGAAUAUGCUUCUCAGCCUCACCGCGCUGGUUCCGUUGGCAUUGCGGAGCUUGGAACCCUGUCCAUGGAGUUUACACGCCUAGCGCAGCUUACCAGCGAAAUGAAGUACUACGACGCCGUGGAUCGCAUUACCGACGCCCUGAUUGACCUACAAUCGAGAGGAACUGCCAUUCCUGGCCUGUUCCCCGAGAAUCUCGAUGCCUCUGGUUGCAAUCACACUGCAACGGCCAUCCGCGAUCAACUUAGCAAGGCGGCGCAGAAGCAAAUGAGUGAAGAUGUCUCCAAAGCGCCAGUUGGCUAUGUUCCUGGCCAAACUGAGUCAAAGCCAGCGACUGGAGAAAGAAGCACCCAAAAGACCCAGGCUGCGGAGGAAAAUGAGUUUAUCGUUGGAAAAUUCGGUGCUGAUGACGCACUUGCCAAAUUGCAAGCUGCUGAUGAAGCGAGAGCAAAGGCCAUGGAUAAGUCUACGGAGAAGCCCGCCGGAAAGCCAAAUGGCUUCGUGGUUGGAAAAUUUACCUCUGAGGAUCCAAGAGACAAGCAAGCACCCGCUGGCACGACUGAUGCGGAAUCAAAGAAAUUCGUUGUCGCCAAGAUGGGAAGCGAGGAGCCACCAGUUAAGCAGAUGCCUGCUGAAGCGCCGAGCAAGUUUGUUGUUGACCAGAUUGGAUCAGAGGACCCGAAAGACGAUAAAAAAUCCACCGAGGCUUCUGGAGCAAAGUCAUCAGUCGGCAAAAUCAGCACUGAGAACCCGGAUUAUGCCAAACAGGGCCCCCGUGAGGAUGAUAAUACGGAGACUCGCCCGUCUGACUCUCUCCGCCGCCGAGAUGCCCCACCAAGCGAAGAGCCUUUGGAGAAGUCCAACCAAGUGCCACCUGUGAAGACAAAGCCUCGAGGAAUGCCACCCUUUGGAGCAGAUGGUUCUACAUCCAAGUGGGAUUGCGUUUCGCAAGGCAUAGUAAGUGGUGGAUAUGGAUUCGAGCAAUAUCACAUGGGAGGUGGCCAGGAUUCGGCGUACGAGUACUUCCCGAAGGAGUAUCUCCUGCUUGGUGGACUGGAAUCCAAGUACCAGAAGCUGUACGAGGAAGCUAUCGAGGCGACCAAUGAGUGGCUCCUCUAUAGACCGAUGGUAGAUGGCGACUGGGACAUCCUCUUCCCGGCUAAGGUCAGCACGAAUGGAAACCCCUCUAAAGACUUGAGCGCUACGUUUGAAGUUACACACUUGACGUGCUUUAUUGGCGGUAUGUAUGGUCUGGGUGGUAAGAUCUUUGGCCGAGAGAAGGAUCUCGAGAUAGCCAAGCAACUGACUGAUGGCUGCGUUUGGGCCUAUCAGUCUACUGUCUCUGGCGUCAUGCCGGAAGGCUCUCAAGUUCUACCUUGCCCAACCCUAGAGAAGUGCGAAUUCAACCAGACUCUCUGGUACGAGAAGUUGGACCCGUCAAAGGAUUGGAGAGACCAGCAAAUGGCGGAUUGGAAAGAAAAGGUAGCAGAGAUUGAGAAGAAGCAAGGAAAGAAAAUCCAGCAAAAACCCGACAGCGAUCCCAGGAAUCCUCAGCAAGGCGACGGCGAUCCCAGAAAGACUGGUGAUAAAGAAAAGGAGACUGCGGGUGACGCCCUGCAGCAGAGUGCAAAGGACUUUGCCUCAUCCGGCGAUUCUACUGCUACCCCUACUAAACCUCUCCGCAAAAGGGCGGCAGUUCCAGUGCCGAAAGACGGUAAAGCCCCGGCAUAUGAGGACUUCGACGUUGGCUCAGAGCUCCCACAGUCACUCAAGGACAAGAUUGGCCUCAAGGGCGAUGAUAACCAGAAGAAGCCAGUAAAGGCGGAGGUUGGUAGCCAACGAGACCCUAACGCGCCCAUUGACUCGGUUCUGGAAGCCAAUAGGCUGCCUCCUAAGGAGUUUGACGAGCAGCAAGUGAUUGUCCCCGAACGGCCGCAGUCGCAUGAAGAGUUUGUAGAGUCGAGGAUUAAGGACUGGGGUUUUGCUCCUGGCGUUACUCAAAUUACAUCAAGACAAUAUAUUCUCCGACCCGAAGCUAUUGAAUCGGUAUGGUACAUGUACCGCAUCACCGGCGACCCCACGUGGAUGGAAAAGGGCUGGAAGAUGUUUGAGGCCACCAUCCGCGCCACGCGCACCGAGAUAGCCAACAGCGCCAUCGACGACGUCAACAGCGAGGAGCCGGGUCUCAAGGACGAGAUGGAGAGCUUCUGGCUCGCCGAGACGCUCAAGUACUACUACUUGCUGUUCUCGGAGCCGAGCGUGAUCAGCCUGGACGAGUGGGUGCUCAACACGGAGGCCCAUCCCUUCAAGAGGCCGGGGGGUAGCGUCAUUGGCCACAGUAUAUAA